GGGGCUGACUCGCUCGGGCAGCAUUCAGACACAGCGAAAGGAUCAUGGCGGAUGGCCCCAGGUGUAAGCGCAGAAAACAGGCGAACCCGAGGAGGAAUAACGUAACGAAUUACAACAACGUUGUGGAGGCCCAGUCAGAUUCUGACGAUGAGGACAAGCUACACAUAGUGGAGGAAGACCCUGAUGGAGACAGCACUGUGCCAGAAGACACCUCCGCAGUAUUAUCCCAGAACGGGACGGAGACGCACCAAGACACCUGGGAUGGAGUGAAGGAGGAGUGUGGCUCAGAAGAGGAGGAUGAGGAGGAGGAGGAGGAGGAGGAGGAAGAGGAGGGGGUUAAGGAGAUGAUCCAGCAGGGAGACACAGCGGUCAUCUACCCCAAGGCGCCGGUCGACAAACAGAAGAGCGCGUCUGAGAGAGGGGUCUCAGAGAAGACCGGCACGCCAGACACCCUCUCCCAGCUCCUGACUUGUCCCUACUGCUCACGGGGCUACAAGCGCUGCACGGCCCUGAAGGACCACAUCAAGCUACGUCACGAGAAGAGCGAGGACAACUUCAGCUGCUCCCAGUGCAGCUACACCUUCACCUACCGGACACAACUGGACUGUCAUAUGACCCAACACAAGAACCAACACAAGGAUCCUGUACAGCGUCAUGUACCCCAGACCACCACCACAACAAUAACAACAGGGGGGAACAGGAAGUUCAAGUGUACUGAGUGUUCCAAGGCUUUUAAAUAUAAGCACCACCUGAAGGAGCAUCUUCGCAUCCACAGCGGAGAGAAGCCAUACGAGUGCCCCAACUGUAAGAAGAGGUUUUCACACUCAGGGUCCUACAGUUCCCACAUCAGCAGUAAGAAGUGUGUUGGCAUGGUGCCUGUCAACGGCAACCCCAGCCCAGUCAUUAAGGUCUCCAACCAGACCCCCAGCCAGACCCAGCCCUCUGGCCCCGCCGCAGCCCCAGUCCGAGUGCUCCUCCGGGGGGAGAAGACAGACAGCAAGCCCCUGCAGGAGCAGCUCCCCCACACUCAGAUUAAAUCUGAGCCUGUGGAUUACGAGUUCAAGCCGGUGGUGGUGGCGCCUAACGGGGCGGCGGGGACGAAUGGAACGGUGUUUAAUGGUGGCGUGGCGCUGCCUCAGGGCACGGCGCUGCCUCAGGGCAUGGUCCAGGCGGUGGUACUGCCCACCAUGGGUCUGAUGUCUCCUAUCACUAUUAACCUCAGCGACCUGCAGAACAUGCUCAAGGUGGCCUUGGAUGGAAACGUGCUGCGUCAGGUGUUGGGGACGGCCAACGGGCUGGUGACCUCCAAGCAGGGGUUUGUGACACAGGCUGGCCAGCAGGUAAUCUCAGCCAUCAGCCUGCCUGGCUUCGUGGACCAGGACGGUACCACCAAGAUCAUCAUUAACUACAGCCUGGAGCCAAGCCCAGCCCAGCAGCCCACCACCCCUCAGCUCCUCAAGCAGGAGGCUCCCCCUCCCAACACCGCCAGUGCCACAAACCCACAGCCCGCCUCCAAAGUAACAGAGAAACUCCCCCAGGACCUCCACAUCAACAAGACCGAGCCGGACGACUCGGAGCACGAGUCAGAGAUGGAGACGCAGGAGACAGAGACUGAAGCUGAGACACCAAAGGCCCUGACAGGCAAGACAAGGUGUCUACUGUGUGACAACUGUCCUGGUGAUUUGGAUGCACUGCACAUGCUCCAGCAUUGUAAACCUACCAACGGGGAGGGAGGUGACAGCGCCACCCUCGACCCCUCCAUCGCCACCCUCCUGGCCGAGGCAGGGAUAACUCCAGGCCAGCAUCCUCUAAAGAAUCUGCUCUCACUCCUCAAGGCCUACUUCGCCUUAAACGCAGAGCCCACCGAGGAAGAGCUGGCCAAGAUCUCUGACAAUGUCAGCCUGCCCGUGGACGUGGUCAAGAAGUGGUUUGAGAAAAUGCGGUCAGGUCAGAUCACGGUCGGACCCCCUGGUUCCUCUCCAGAUGACUCUGGACUUUCAGAUUCCAGCACAGAGACCCAGCUAGACCAAGAGAAGAGCGGGACAGAGAUAGAGGAGCAGCAGGCCUCAGCCCAAACACAGGAGACAUCAUCUUCCCAACCUCCUGCCUCGACGUCCCCCUCUGUCUCAGCCUCGGCCCUCUCACCACUAAACCUCUCCUCCAGCGGCCUGGUCAUCGUGAAGACUGAGGUCGACUCUGAGCGCGAGGCUCAAGAUCUUCCCCUGGACCUGUCCCUUCCCAAGCAGCCCCAGUCACAGCCCCAGGUCCCCCAUGUUCCACAGGAGCAGCCCCUCAACCUCACCUGCCUGAAGGAGACAGUCCAGGCCCAGCUCCCAGGACUCCAGGGAACCACCAACACCAUCUACGUCACCUCCUCCCCCCAAACGACCAUCCCCAGCCCGGUGAACAUAAUGACCACCCGGCUAGUAGCCAUCACCAACCAGGGCAGCGGUGUGCCCUGCCUCAGAGCCAUCUCCACCGGCACCACCAAACGGACCAUCCUCAUCCCCCAGCUCACCUACACAUACACCACUACAGCAUGCAGCGGCACCACUGGGGCCGACGGAGCCCAGAAGACCGUCAGAAUCAACGGCUGCCAGGAGGAGAAGUCUGCCACCAGCUCAGAGGGUGUGUCGACGGUAGAGGAGCAGGAUAACUCAGACUCUUCCCCUCCGCUGAAGAAGAUGCGUCGACUGCAGAGCGGGAUGUACUCCUGUGAUCUGUGCGACAAGAUCUUCCAGAAGAGCAGCUCCCUGCUCAGGCAUAAAUACGAACACACAGGAAAGCGGCCACAUGAGUGCGGCAUCUGCGACAAAGCCUUCAAACACAAGCACCACUUGAUAGAACACACGCGACUGCACUCCGGAGAGAAGCCCUACCGCUGUGACAAGUGUGGCAAGUGUUUCUCCCACUCUGGCUCCUACAGCCAGCACAUGAACCACCGAUACUCCUACUGCAAGAAGGAGCCCCAGGGAGGGCGGCAGGUGGGACGUCAGCUCGGGAUGAGCCCCGAAAGGAGUCCUCAAACAGAAGAGCAGCAGUCGGACAGCCGACCCACCUCCCCACCUUCCCAAAUGGACUCAGAUGAGAGGGAAAGUGAGGAGGAGCUGGAGGAAGAGGAGGGCAUGGCGGCCAUGAGCAUGGACGACAUACGGGUGGUGCAAGUGGGUGAGGAUGACGAGGAGAGUGAGAUCUACCAGGUGGAGGAGUUUGGGGAGGAGAGGCAAGAGGAGGAGGAAGGGAGCAGAGAGGAAGAGGAGGAGGAGGAAGAGAUCAGAGAGGAAGAGGAGGAAGGGAGCCGAGGGGAAGAGGUGGAGAAGGAAGGGAGCAGAGAGGAAGAGGAGGAGGUACAGCAGAAGCAGGUGUGUGAAGAAGAUCAGGAAGAAGAAGGGAUGAGAGAGGAGGAGGCACACCAGGAGGAGGUGGAGGAAGAGGAAGGGAGUAGAGAGGAGGAGGCACACCAGGAGGAGGUGGAGGAAGAGGAAGGGAGUAGAGAGGAGGAGGCACACCAGGAGGAGGUGGAGGAAGAGGAAGGGAGUAGAGAGGAGGAGGCACACCAGGAGGAGGUGGAGGAAGAGGAAGGGAGUAGAGAGGUGGAGGCACACCAGGAGGAGGUGGAGGAAGAGGAAGGGAGUAGAGAGGAGGAGGCACACCAGGAGGAGGUGGAGGAAGAGGAAGGGAGUAGAGAGGAGGAGGCACACCAGGAGGAGGAAGAGGAAGGGAGUAGAGAGGAGGAGGCACACCAGGAGGAGGUGGAGGAAGGGAGUAGAGAGGAGGAGGCACACCAGGAGGAGGAAGAGGAAGGGAGUAGAGAGGAGGAGGCACACCAGGAGGAGGUGGAGGAAGAGGAAGUGAGGAGAGAGGAGGAGGCACACCAGGAGGAGGUGGAGGAAGAGGAAGGGAGGAGAGAGGAGGAGGCACACCAGGAGGAGGAAGAGGAAGGGAGUAGAGAGGAGGAGGCACACCAGGAGGAGGUGGAGGAAAAGGAAGGGAUGAGAGAAGAGGAGGCACACCAGGAGGAGGAAGAGGAAGGGAUGAGAGAAGAGGAGGAGGCACUCCAGGAGGAGGAAGAGGAAGGGAUGAGAGAAGAGGAGGCACACCAGGAGGAGGAAGAGGAAGGGAUGAGAGAAGAGGAGGAGGCACUCCAGGAGGAGGAAGAGGAAGGGAUGAGAGAAGAGGAGGAGGUUUGUAAAGAAGAGUCCCUACAGCAGGAGGAUGUGCGUGAGGAAGAGGAGGUGAUGGCGGUACAGGUGAUGGGAGGUGUAGAGGAGGAAGAGGAGGAGGAAGGAGUGGCAGAGAAGGAAACCUUUGUAACAGAGGAAGCUAUGGAAACGGAGGACAAAGAACCGCAUGUGGACAAGGAGGACAUCCCGGUGGAGGGGUUGGAAACCGGACAGAAAGAAACAGAGGAAGACAAGAUGAAGGGUGAAUGAAGAAAAUACUUUCUCUGACAAAAAAAAAUGGAAAUCCUGGGUGUCAAGUAGCAGGAGAGGAAAAUCUGGUGUUGUCGUCAAAAGAUGCUGCCGUGUUGGUGCCGUGUGUCGGUCCUCUACUGUGUUGAAACCCAGGUGUGCCUGAGAUAGACUAAAAAGAAGGGACUUUUGCUCCUGAAAAUAAUAUCGGUGUUACCUUGUUUAUAGACGUAUUAUACAUUUUUGUAUAAAAGUUACAGCUGACCUUUCAAUUAUUUUGUUACUGAGAGUGAGACAUCUGAUCCCAGGUCAUUUAUGUUUGUCAGUGUUAUUUUUGACUAAUUUUGCCACUCUUAUUUUAACCUUUUAACCUGUACAGUUGAAGAAACAUUUCUAUACAUUUUUAUUGCCAAUGAUGAUGUUUGCUAAAAUCAGUAUUUUAUUGAGUUGUAAAACAAAAACAAAGAAAAAACUGCACUACAGUAAUCCUGGUUUACCUAUGGAUACAACAUGCCUCACACCCUUCAGUAUUAUUAUGUUCACACUAGCUGUACAUCCUCUUCAUGUUAUAGCUAACGUUAGCAUAGCAUUUUGUUUUCAGUUGGUUUGUUAACAUUAAGAAGAAAAGAGGAUUCUGGGGCUAUGGGUGUGAGGGGUUAGCCUGGUAUGGGUGGGAGGGGUUAGCCUGGUAUGGGUGAGAGGGGUUAGCCUGAGUGCCAGUAUGUUAGUGCUGUCAUGCCAACUCCUCAUCACUCACUGUCAUGUUUGGCUUGACAAGGACAGCAGUGGAGUUGGCAAGAACACAAACAGAUCUGGGACCAGGCUAUGUGGGGGUGGGGGGUGGGAGGGGUUUGAUGUGAUAUCUGUCUGACAUCAUAACCAAACUGUCCUAUCAGGGAAAAGUAGUGUGACAACCUCAAAGCCAGCAUUCUUAACCAUGCUUGUCCUUGUUUGUGUCCCAAUAAUCUAUCCUUCCUCCCGAAGAGUGAACCUGUUCACUGAUCCCCAUGAAUCUAAAAGCAUUGGAUUGGUGGAGACAUGGGCUCGCUAGACUAUAGAAUUUUACACAAUAUUUCUUACACCAGUCAUUUCCUUUCAAAGCCCUUGAAGGGAAGUUAUCAAGUGCACACUUUUAGAGAAAGGAGAGAUUAUUGGGACGUGAACCCUAAGUUAUCAGUUUUAAUCAGUGUCAUAGGGUCAUAUGAAGCAGGAGGGGUGGAGAUAUGUCCUCUACCCCGCCCCAAUAUCUCCAGCCUUAUGCAAGACCAGACCUGUGUGCUGUAAGUGCCAUUGAACCGUGUUCUUUGUACCCCAACGGAUGUAGUCAGUAUGUAUUUUCUGCAUAAGGCCCAUAUUGAUUAAUGUUUGUUUACUUGGUUGGACUCAUUUUCACUUGUUAAGUUGGGUUUCGUCCCAAAUGGCACCCUUCAGUAUUCCCUUUAUAGUGCACUAUAGGGCUCUGGUUAAAAGUAGUACAGUAGGGAAUACAAGACGAUAGCAUGAAUAAGGACUCCUUCGUGUGUGCGUGAACAAAGAGGAACAAAGAGAGAAUAGGACGAAUACGAAAGGUUUUUACAGUAUUUAAGGGGAUUUUCCUGUAUUCGAGCGUCAGACAUUAUUAGAUGAGUGCACUUGUUUUACAAAAUGGUGGCAAGCUAACCCGCACUUCAGGUAACAGACGUUAGUGAACGUGGUCCCUGUGUUUUAUGAAGUGUUUCAGUUGAUUUGACCUUUACAGUGUUACAGAAUUAUUUUCAGUUUUUUAGUUUUGAGUUUUCUAUAUGUGUGUGUCCUGUGUAUGUUUUCAACCAUGGCAGUAUUAGAAACCUUUUCCACGAGGAAAGCGUACCUGUUUAGUUUUUAGAGGACUUUUUAUAUUUACGUGUCUUAUUUUUCUAUUUCUUUAUGCUUAUUUAUUACACACAUUGUAGUGUACAACAGUGUAGUGUGAAUUGAUACAAUAAUAUAUUUUAGUAUGAAAAAUGAUUUGAAGGUCAUUGAAUCCAGAGUAGGAAGUGGCGCUCUGGGGGCGAUGAAGUUUGUUUUGAAAAAAGGUAUUAACAUGAAAAGAAGAAGAAAUAAAUGAAGAGAGAAACGGAAAGUGUUUCAUCCAUCAUCAGGCUCGCUGGUUAGACUGACCUGUUCUUACUGUGAUAUGAAGCUACUGAAAACUAACUGUGUGACUAAAACGCAUGAGUCCUUGCUGUUGUAAUGAAGGAUUGAUCUCGUUAUGAAGAUGUACGUUAGCUCCUUUGUCGUUCUGUUUUGUGCCAAUUUGUUACGUUGUACUGUUAUAUGUCAGAGGUUACCAUUUGUUUUAUACAUUUCCCGUUUAAUCCACUCUGUUUUUAUAGUUUUAUUUUGUUUUUUUUGUUCCAUUUUUUUACUACUUCCCAUCACAAUAAAAUACAAGAAAGCA